UUGCAGCCUUACGAAAAAUUGUGAGAAAUCAAUCAAAAAUGGUCCAACGACCGUUCAGUGAUGAUAAUCCCGGAGGUAGCAUAGUUUGGAGAAAUACAUCACAAUUUCAACCCAAACACAAUGAAGCUUUAAUGCCCCCUGGAUACGCUCAAGUGAAAACUCUCUUCCACAAAAUGCAGCGCCCAAAAAUGUCAACCAUUUUGUCAUCAGUGGAGACUGGCAGAGGAAAAUCAACGUAUUCCAAAAUGAAAAUAGCGAGGAAUGAAAACCCCCUAGAACUGAGACUGGCAAGAAACACAUUUAACAAUAUAACAAUGGCCCUACUACAGUCAUCUACUGAAGAGAGCAUACUUUUUCAACCGCCAGGAGCCAAAAAUAAUAGUUUUCCAGGAGAAGUCACUGUGGAAUCAUAUUAUCAAAUACCCUCGCCUUCUAAAUUUUUUCCAUCUGUCGACGAUCGUGACCUACAAAGUGUUGAACAAAAAAUCAACACCAAAGACAACACUAUUGUAAUCCCAGCCCGUCCAGUUGAAAAAGAUAACAGUAGUAUUCUGGUUAAAGGUAUAUUUAUAGCAGAUGCUAAUGAGAAAUCACCGAACGCGGUAAGCGAUUUGCGGAGUAGUGGUACUAGUGGUAAUAUGAUAAGUUCAGAAAAUGAUGAAAAAGCUGAUUUUUUGCUGGAAGAACUCUCGGGAGAUGGUUCUUUCGGUUCCAGAUACAGCUACAACGUUACGACCAAUCCAUAUACUUGUGUGAUUGUGCAGGGAAACAAAGCUGACAUCGAUGCCCAAGCUCAGUUUUCAAGUUUUGACAUAGAGCCUUCGUGGGUAGUCAAGAGACAGUAUUGGGAUUACAUUUUUGACAGUCGCUAUGAAGCAUUGAUGAGAAGUCCAAAAUGGCCAGCUUUAAAUGUGAUUUUGUUACCGAUUUCUCACGUGGAUUCCAUUUGGAAACGGUCCUUUGAACAUUAUCACAACAACACUGUCAGUAAGAUUAUUUCGAAUAUAGUGAAGAAACUUCAAUUUUACAACAAACUUACUUUUACUUGGAAUGAAGUGUCGCACUUAAGUCAAUGGUGGAAAAGGACCUCACAAAAGAGUCGUUCGGUUUUACGGAAAUUAGUUAAAAGUGGAAGAUUAGAAAUAACCACAGGAGGCUGGGUUCAAUCGGAUGAAGCGUCCACUCAUUUAUUCGGACUAGUCCAUCAACUCAUUGAAGGUCAUCAGUGGCUAAAAAACCAUUUAAAUUACACACCUAAAGUUGGUUGGCUUACGGACAGCGUGACUCAUAGUCCCACGAUGCCGUACCUACUCUCUGCGGCCGGGAUUUCAAAAUUCAUCAUCACUAACGUCCAUUACUCAUGGGAACAGUUUCUUGCUGAAUUUCAGAUCAGCGAUUUCAUUUGGAUACAGAAUUGGGAUAACGACAAGAAUACCGCAAAUCCCCUGAAUCAAGAAUUAAAUAAGAUCGGCAACGAACGCUAUCCUAAAAACUCGGUGUUAACUCACUAUUUGCAGUUCAAUUACGAUAACUUCAAAGCUUGCGGACCUAAUAAAAACGUGUGCUCUGGAGAAUUUGACUUCAAUAAAUUGAACAAAAACACAGAUAUACAUACUUAUAAUGUUAAGCAAAAAUCCGAAAAGUUACUCGAACAAUAUUCUAAAACGGGAACUAUCUCACCUCAUAAUGUGGUCAUCGCACCUCUAGGCGGGCCAUAUCGGUAUGAGUUUCAAACAGAAUUUGACUAUCAGUACAAUAACUAUCAAAAAUUGGCUGAUUUCAUAAAUCUUAACACCGAUAUUUACAAAGCGAACAUUGACUUCGGCACACCGAGUGAUUACUUUAAUACGAUUCUAAGUAAACAUAAGGCUUAUCCUACCUUACAAGGGGAUUUUUUGAAUUUUGCUGAUAUAAAAUCGGGAAGUCCAGCUUAUUGGACUGGCUUCUUCACUUCCAGACCUCUACUUAAAAUAUUAAUUCGACGACUUCAGUCCACGUUACGUUCCACAGAAAUAUUACUUACAUUCGCGAUCAAUUACAACGUUUUUACACGACAUAAUUCGACUAGUCUCUUAGAACUCCUGACCAAAGCAAGGGAAACUGUGGCGAGACUUCAGGACAGACAUGUAGUAGGAGGUACUAUAGCAGUUAACAUCCUUCAGUAUAUCUAUAAAAUAAUUCUAUCUACAGUCAAGGACUGUUGGCACAUCCAAGAAGUCGCUGCGAGUUUAUUGACUAUGAAACCAGACAACAGUUCACCAUAUCUACAUAAAUUAGUCUACCGAGAAGGAGAAUUCAUCUCUGUUUUUAGAACAGUUGAUGUUGGUGAUCAGAUAUACGUAUUCAAUUCCUUAAGUCAAGAAAGAACUGAAAUCGUAGAGCUAAUAACAAAACAUCCAAACAUUAGGGUGGUUGACCAUAAUAAAAAAGAUCUUACUAUCCAGAUCAAUCCGGUCUGGACUUACAGUUCCGAUAAUUAUAUCAGGAUUUCAAAUGUUUUCUACAAAGUUAUGUUCGCCAUAGUUGUGCCACCUAUGACUUUAGAGCUAUACAAGAUCAAAGAAACUUACGAUGCCACAAACAAUGCAGCCACGAUAUAUUGUGUGCAUUGCACAAUAGACAAUUUUGAAAGUCAAACUUCCGUAUUUCCCUUUAAUAUUCUACCACUUCAGCCCGGUGAUAUACAGCUGGAGAGUUAUAAACACAGAAUCAUUAUAGACGAGCUCACUGGAUUUCUAAAAACUGUUAUAGAAAAGGAAACCAAUACAGAGAAGACAGUUUUAAUUGACUAUGGAGCAUUCAAAAGUGCUGAUGUCAACGCUGGCAUAUUUCUGUUCAAUACGAACGUUACAAGACCUCUUCAUGACAUAUUGUUGCCUUUCAGAGAUGGCACUAAAACCAAAGUAUCAAUAAUAAUUGCUGGACAAGUUACUACUGAAAUGUCUUCAGUCUAUGGGCGUUUACUGCAGCAUACUGUUAAAUUAUACAAUCUUGUAAACGUUCCGUUAGCCAAGUCUAUCUACAUCGAAAGCAAAUUGGAUUACGAAAUAUCUCCGAAAAAUAGAGAACUCGAAAUUUUUCUAUCCAUCAAAACUGAAAUAGCCAAUGGUAACCAUCCUGAAAUAUACACAGAUAAUAACGGAUUCCAGCAUACUGCGCGAAUUUUGAAUAUAAGUAGACGAAUAGAGUCAAAUAUUUACCCUAUAACAAGUAUGGCUUUCAUACAAGACGCCAAAAGCAGGCUCACCUUAAUUACUGAUCAUGCUCAAGGGGUGACAUCAUUACAAGAAGGCCAUUUGGUUGUGAUGUUAGACCGAAGGGUGCUUUUCAACGACGGCAGGGGUACACAGGAAGGUCUAGCAGACAGCACUACGACAUACCAUCGACAUUUCAUUUUGCUCGAAAACUUUGUAGACUCAUCUAACCAAUAUAGUCAAUACAUAUCGCGCUCGGAGCUGAAGUUGCCUAGCUUUUCAGCUUUGUACCUUGCCAACUCUGUAGACAAUAUUCUAGACCUAUUCGUAGUCGAUAAGAAGCUCGCGGACUUGUCUCAUUAUGCGUUCCUUCCUUUGAUCAAGACUUCAUUUCCAUGCGAUGUUACAGUUGUUAAUUUUCGUACUAUAGUAAACAGGCAUUCUCUGCAACUUUUCACACCAAAUAUGGCGUUACUAGUGCUACAAAGGCAAAGUGUUUCUUGUAGAAUCGACAAUGCUGCUCAACUAAAUUGUAAUGGAGACAGUAGUUUUUCGCUGGAGAAAAUUCUGCGUAACGUAAUUGCAGUGUAUCAUACUAAUUUGGUUGGAACUAAUGAAGGGGUACCUAUAGGCUACAUCAAUCAGGAGAAUUUCCCACCCAUGGAAUUGAUGACUUUGAAAAUAUUUUUCUAAAUAGGUACUCUUGCUUGAAACUUAUCAAGACUUUCUCCAACUAUUUAAGCCGUGAAGAUAAGAAUUUCAAACUGUCAAUAAUUGACUAAUCAAUGGCCUGGAAAGCUAAUGGCUUUAUUGUGUUGAAUAUAUUAGGCGUUAAUUCGGCGUUAGGCGAACAUUUCUACAUUUGUGAGCGUAUUAAUUGCUUAGAUUCGCUAACAGUAGAGUGGCAAUUAAGAUCAGCUUUUUAUUAUGUUCAAUGCCGGAUCAUGAGGUUCGAUACUUCACCAUGAUGCGGCCUGGUUAGGUCUUCAAUAACCAUGUCUUAUUGUAGGAAGGUAGUCUUCUGCAGGUUGUUCUAGACAAUAAGAGGGUAUUUUUAUUUGGUACUCCGAGAUCAGGCUUGAAUAGAAGUCCCUGUAGAGCUCGUCAUCGUUUACCGUCUUUUUUUAGGAAGUUUUUACUUUAUUGUACCUGAAUCCUGAAACUCAAAGUUAAGUCCUAGAAACUGCAAGGCGCAGUUAUGCCCAGUUUUUCAUGACCUCGCUAGUAAAUAAGAAGAAUGUGAUGAGAUGAAGUAAACUGUAAGUAGUUUCGGGAUUCAGACCUCAGAGUAGGCACUUAGGUUGUAUAGUUUUAACCGACUAUUCCAAUAAUUAUGUUCGAAGUUAUACUUGCAUGAU